ACUAAACUUUGCUAUCGUUAGUCUGAACAGCUACAGACUGCAACUGUGGGGAGAGGGAGAUAGCUUAAAGGGGAAGUAAAAGGCCGGUGAACCUGAAGUUAUCAAUCAAUUCAUCAUCCUCGUUUUGUUUCUUCACCUGCCUCUGCUCCUAGCUCGUUACAGCUGCCAUCCAUGGGGAUACCUUCUUUCUACAAGUGGCUUGUGACCAAAUACCCAAGCGUCGUCUCCUCCGCAGAGGAGAGCCCUGAUGGCGCCAUCUAUGACAACCUCUACCUCGACAUGAAUUGCAUCAUCCACCCUUGCUUCCACCCGCAAGACGAUAUGCAUGCAGACACAGAUGUGUGUCCUCCGACGACGGUCACCGAGGUCUUGGAGUCCAUUUUCGAGUACUUGGACCGCCUGUUCCGCAUCGUCAGGCCGACAAGGCUCCUCUACUUGGCAGUAGAUGGCGUUGUUCCUUGCGCCAAAAUGAACCGAGUGCGACGGGGACGUUUCCACUCUGCUUUGCUAGCAAGGGAUGAGGCGCUUAAAGAGGAAGAGAUGCUGAGGGAAUUAAGAGCUCAAGGGAAGGAGGUGCCACCGCCAGAGAUUUCAGAGGUUUCUGACCGCAAUGUGAUCACACCGGGGACUGAAUUCAUGGAGAAGCUAUCACAAGCGCUCCAAUACUACAUCCGUGCCAGAUUGAACACUGACCCUGGGUGGAAAGACAUAAUGGUCAUACUCUCUGAUGCAAAUGUUCCCGGAGAAGGAGAGCACAAGAUCAUGUCUUUCAUCCGUGCACAACGCUGUAUGGAAGGCUAUGACCCCAAUACUCGACACUGCUUGUAUGGGCAUGAUGCAGAUCUGAUAAUGCUUGCUUUGGCAUCUCAUGAGGUCCACUUCUCUAUUUUGCGUGAGGAUGUGCUACUCCCAAAUCAGGCAGAAACAGAAGGGAAAUCAAAUAAACCUUAUCUGUUUUUGAACAUAUGGGUUCUGAGAGAGUACUUGGAGAUUGAAUUGAAGAUACUGGAUCCAGUUUGCGAGCCUGACAUUGAGAGGCUAAUAGAUGACUUCAUCUUUAUUUGUUUCUUGGUGGGAAAUGAUUUCAUCCCACAUAUUCCAUCACUUGAGACACAUGAGUGUGCAGUCGAUAUUCUCAUCGAAGUGUACAAAACAACCUUCAACAAAAUGGGAGGGUAUAUUGUCAACACAGAUAAAGUCAAAGAAAAACAUGGUUCAUAUCUAGACAUCUCAAGGUUGGAAAUAUUUUUUCAUGAACUGUCCAUGUAUGAAGAGAAAAUUUUUCUCAAAAGAUAUGAGCUGGAGCAGGAUUCCUUGCAGAAGGAAUAUCGUGAAAUGUUGUGUGAAGCUUCAGAAAGUGAAAGACCAGAGCUGAGGCGAAAACUAGAUGACCUCCUUUUCAAUGAAGACUGCCCAUAUGACAGUAUAAGACUGGGAUUACCAGGAUGGAAAUCCCGGUUCCACAGGGAAUAUUUUGGUCUCGAAACUUCCAAUGAAAUUGGAAACCUGCAGAACGACAUGGCCCAGAAGUAUUUAGAAGGACUUUGCUGGGUGUUUCAAUGCUAUUUUACGGGUGUACCAUCAUGGAGCUGGUACUACCCAUUCUAUGUUUCUCCAUUCGUAUCUGAUCUCAAAAGUCUUUCUCGGUUUCAGAUAUCUUUCGCUUUGGACAAACCACUGCGACCAUUUGAUCAGCUCAUGGCAGUUUCGCCUUCACAAAGGUGGCUUAAGCUUAACCUCCCAUACUGUUACUGCUGCAAAUUUAUGGGACGUGAAGAAUACUAUCCGAAGUUGCAGACUGACAUGAAUGGGAAACGUUUCUUGUGGAGUGGUAUUAUCUCUGAGGAACGGCUGCUUGCGAGCACCAAAGCAGUAGACGAAGAGCUGACGAUGGAUGAGAUGAGAAGGAAUACUACUCGGCAAGACAAGAUCUUUCUGCACAGGAACUCAAACGCUCUAGCACAUAUUAAUGGAGUUAUUAUACAGACAUCAUACUGUCCACUGCAGAAGCUUCCGAUAGAUUCAGCUACGAGUGGAAUUGGAGGGUGGCUGUCGCCUGAUGACAAUGCUGGUGGCCUGAGCAACAGUUUCUUUCCCUCGCCCAUGAAAAAUCUGCUGGACAUCACAAAUGAUCAGGCAAUAUCAGCCACGUUCUUCAACCCUGAGGCAGUGAAUCCAACCCCAAGACUGCUUAGCAAUGUCAGGGUACCUGAUAAGACUGUCACGGGAGCUGACAUCUCAAAGAGGCCACUCUGGCACACGUACCCGGGCUCAAGGCCGCCACCGCCCACGAUUCAGAGGCCAGAUUCUAUCUGGAAGCCGAGCACGCCGGCGGCGCCGCGGGAAGAGCACAAGCACGCCGGCACGGGGUGGAUGGGGCGGGGCAGAGGGAACAACGCCAUUGCCGCCGCCCAGGCGCAGCAGCUCGCCACCAGCACCAGGAGCAGCAGCUACGGGCAUGGCACUGCCACCGACACGCCACGGAGCAGUAGCAGCAGCUACGGCUAUAGGAAAACCGGUUUCCAUCGGGUGGACACGCCGCGAAGCAGGUUCGACAACGAUGGUGCGCAGCCACGUCGUUGGUAGGAAUCAGAUGUACGUGUAUAGACUAUAGUCUAUAGAGUUAUUCAACUCACCGUAUAUGUAUAUAUAAAUGUAAUGUUUGGGCAUCUGCUUCGAGAUGAAAUAAAUAAAAUACUUUGUGGCCAAA